CGAAGAAGCGCGGGCCUACGUGAUUGACCGGCGAGAGCCGCUCUUUCGACGAUGGAUCAGCUUGUACUCCAAGCAGCUGAACAUGGUCUCGCUCUUCCUCUCCUUCCUGGGGCUGUCAUUCUCCGCCCGCGCCAUCGCCAGCCAAGGAGGCCGCACGACCUAUUGCAUCUACCUUAAGGAGGAGCGUCUCGACGGGCUUCCAGGCGCGCUCUACUCGUGCGAGGUCACCGCACCCUCCUCCAGCACACCCUCCCUCCCGUCCUCCAUCCCUUCCUCGGAGUCGAAGGAGCUUUAUCCCGAAGCAGACGGCCCCUCCACCACCUCCUCUCCGUUGGGAACGGGGGUGGCCAAGGAGGAAGGGAGGGAGGAAGGGCGAGGGGGCGCACCCGAAGACCUGCUCCAGCAGCACCUCCACCAUUACAACCCGCAGCCGGCGCUCUCCCCUCCCCCGCUGCCUCAACACAUCCACGAACAUCAACAACUGCAGCAGCCACCAGCCUACAUGCAACAGCAACCACCGCAGCCGCCGCAACCGCAGUCGAUGGGGCAUUACCGACCGCACCCACAGCCGCUCUCCGCCCAAGGCUACCAUUCCUCCUUCCCCCCCUCGUGUCCUCCUCACGGCCUGAACUACGCGUCGCCCGAGAACGCGUCCUACCUCCCGCCCUCCGUAAAGUUGUCAUUCAAUUACAAGAACUAA